UUUAAUGUAUCAUAAUGUGGUGAACAGCAGUAGUGGUGCGUCCAUGUCUCUCAAGUCACAACUCGCAGUCGUUGCGGUUCGUCUCUACGGAUGGGACAAUCUACCACUAGUCUGCCACGCUUGUGAGAACUGAGAACCCCUUUGGAUCGUCCUCUCCGUUAAAAGACGGCUCUGCAGACAGUCCGUAAAUUCUGGCGCCCGCUUCCAUUAAAAAAAAAAAAAAAAAUCAAUAGCACCCCUCUUACCAGAGAGGUGGCUAUAACUGUAAGACGUCAACAGCUUGUUUAUUUUCUGCCGCAUAUGUUGCACUUUCCAGCCUAGAAUUAUAACAGUCUUUGUGGGUGUAUGUUUAUUAUUUGUGGCUGGCGCAACUGCGGAAUGUGUCUUCUACCAUAAAGAAACCCACUAGAUCCACUAUGGAAGACUUGUUGUCAAGUUUUGGUGGUGUUGAGGUCACCUCCCACCCCAACAACCCUCAUGCUGAGCACCCUCACUUUGCCCUCUACAAGAAUAAGACGACUGGUUCAUCUCAGGAAGAGCGUCGUAAGAUGGUACUUCAGGCCAGGAAAGAGGCCCGCUACGACUUGUUGUCUCUGGUGCGUAAUCUUGAAGGGGAGAAUGAAGUGACUGAUGACUCUGAAGGUGAUAUGGAGUGUGAAGAGGUGCGCACAUGUUAUGCGCGGCCGAAGAAAUUCAGGAACUUCUUAAUGCUGAGUGAGUGGCUGGUGGACGUGCCUGAGGAUUUUACCUCCACCUACUUGGCUGUGCCCUGCCCUGUGGGGAAGAGGUGCCUUGUAAUGUCCUCUAAGGGCAGGACUCGAGUAUAUGCCAAGUCAGGUGUGAUGGUGAGGGAGUUUCCGUCCAUGCUGCCAGGAGGGAAUCGUCGCAUCUGUUCCCGAGGCUUUGCUCUGCUGGACUGCAUCUGGUCUGAGGUGAACAAGACUUACUACAUCCUAGAUCUCAUCAUGUGGCGGAACCAGUCCAUCAUGGAGUGUGAGACAUUGUUCCGAUUUGAGUGGCUGCGGUGCAAGAUAGAGGAGGAGGGUCAGGAGGUGCAGGAAGUAUCCAAUCUCAACCCAGUAAUAUUCCAACGAGUGCCUUAUUACGACUGUUGCCCAGAGACCUUACAGAGGCUGAUGGCAGACCAGCUUCCUUUCUCAGUGGCGCUGGAUGGUGUCCUAUUUUACCACAGGGAGACUCACUACACACAUGGCAACACUCCCCUGGUGGGCUGGCUCAAGGGAUACAUGUUCCCUGAAAUUCUUGGUGUUCCUGUCCCAGAGUCUGUUCUUCAGGAGAGACCACUCAAGUAUGUCAACCUUCAGGCUCACAUCCAAUAUGGGCAGCAGAAAAGAAAUGUCAAAAAAAGUGAGGAAAAGAUGGAGGUUGCCUCAACUAAGUCCCAAAAGAAAAAUACAAAGAAGGCCGGAAAGAGUAAUUCCCAAGAAAAUGAGAUGGAGGUGUCUGGCACUUAGGUUUGUAUUUGUUGAUAGAUUUCUUCAUCUCAUCAUCAUAAUAAUUGGCAUCACUGUAUCCUGCUGAUGCUGAUUUUUCAUUGCUGCCAGUCUCAUAUAAGACGUGCUUAUUUAAAGUGUAGUUAAAUUAAUAGUAUAACUGAUUUACACUGUACAUAUCUGCCAGAAACAGUAUCAAAGGCUAGAUAGAUUCCUUAACCUCUCACUGUCUGGUGUAAUUUUGUGCAGACACACUUGAACUUUACUUUCAUUGUUAGGUUCCCUUGUUUUUCUUAAUCAGUUGUCUUUUUUACAUAGUAAGGAUGUUAGAAUUAUCACUUUGAAGUUAGGAUGGUCUGCCUGUAUGUAAAAUAAUCACUUUGAAGUAAGGAUGGUCUGCCUGAGAGGUGCUUCCUUUAUUUUUUAAUAUUUAAAUUGAACUGAAUUGAAAUUUAAUUAAUAUUUCAAAUAUUUGUCAUGUAUCACACAAGAAGUUAUUUUCAUUUAAGUAAUACAUAGUGGCUAAAUUUUAGAUGGAAUAGUAUAAAGUACCAGGCCAGCUUUUGAAAAAUCAUAAGCUGAAUUGAUGCGAUAUGACUCAUACAGGCACUUGAGCAUUUCAUUUUAUCAUGGGUUAGCCUGUGCAUUCGUUCAGCUUGCAAUUAUUCUAGCAGACUUUUUCUUUUUUUGUCACAUUUGGAAAAUGGCUUGUUACGUGAUGAAUAUAGGAAUGUACUACUGCGAGUCAGUGAGGUUAAUACUACUGUUGAUUUAUUUGGCAAACAGAGUUAUUAUUGCUGGCUAUACUCAUGAUGUUGCAUUGGGUUGGAUAAAUGGAAAGGAUUGACACUCACUUGCCUUGAAUUCAUGCAUUUUAAAUAGUUUGCUUUUUCUUUCUAAUUAUAGUAAUGCCACAGCUGGCAGGUCCAGAUUUGAGGUCAAUUUUUUUCAAUUUUGUGGUUAUGCAGAGUAUGUAUGUCUUUAUGGAAUGAAGUUAGAUUUAAAAUCUUCCUCUCACUUGGCAAUAAUACUCUUGUGAAAUGCAAUCUCAGAGUUUCUAGAUAAUAUUUGAAGAAAAUGAGGAGAAAAAAAUUAUAUUCCCGAAAUACUUUUGGUUGCAGGAGAAAUGAUAUUGUAUGAUGUCAGGACUAUAUUAAAAGAACAUUGAUAAGAAACAUGUGAACAGUCCAAGACCUUUGAGAUUGCAUCGGUUUCAUCCUGAGAUUGGGCUCCACAACUCAUGAGAACUUAAUAUCUUGAAUGAUUUCUUCCUUUGUUUACUUAACUGUGUUCAGUUUGAAAUACAACUUUUUGCUAGAUACAAGGUACUGAGUAGUGGUGCACUUAUGGUUUUUGAUGAUCUGAUGUUACUGAGUUCAUUACCUAACAUCCACUUCACAUAAUUGAUUUCCAGAUACCUCCAGAUAUAAUGUGGUUAUUGUGACUAGUAUUUAGGAAGCAUGUUGAAUAAGUAGCUUUUUGUUGGGACACUGAUAAAACUUGUAAUAUAUUCUAAUGUAUGAAGUGUAGAUUU